CUGCUGCCGUCUCAGUCGCCGCUGCUGCUGGCGUCGUUGCUGUGGCCAUCGAUUUCGUUUCGAUGUUAAGCGCGCUUCCUUUGAGAAAUUUCAGUUUUGCUCGUGCAUUCGCACGUUUCAGUAGUUACAGUAGCACUUUCCCUGCCUCGAACUGGAGCCGAUCAAAAUAGUUCUACCGAGCACUACCGAAUAAUAUAUAUAAAUACCGAAAUUAGAAUAGCCGUAAAUACGGUUUGAUUUGAUCGUGUUUUGUGUUUUGAUUCAAACUGGAACAUUAUGGUUGCCAGCGAGGAUGUUAAAAAGACUGUCAGCCAGGAGGAUGCAGAUCCUUCAGCGCGCAACCCAAUGCUAUACGACCCACUGCAGGAUGGUGUGGUUAAGACUUCAAAGACCCGUCAAUAUGCGGCAGCUCUAAUAAUGUGUUUGGGUGCCGUGGCUGCUGGCACAGCCUUGGCGUGGACCAGUCCAGUUCUCGCUCAGAUCAGUGUGCAGCCCCCAACCAAUGCCACAGCCGGGAACUCAACGAUGGGCAACUCAACAAUUGCCAAUGGAACCAGCCCUGUACCUUUGCCACUGCCCAGCGAGGACCGACUGCAACUGACAGCCGGACAGCAGACCUGGGUCAGUUCCCUGCUGGCUAUUGGCGCCUUUCUGGGUGCCAUGCCCACGGGUUACAUUGCCGAUGCCAUUGGUCGACGCUACACGGCAAUGGUCAUGAAUGUUCCAUUUAUUCUAGCCUGGCUCUCGAUUAUCUUUGCCAAUUCAGCUGGCUGGCUGUAUGUGGGACGCUUUCUGAUCGGCAUAUCCACGGGCAGCUUUUGCGUUGUGGCACCCAUGUACAUAUCGGAGAUUGCCGAGACGAGCAUUCGUGGCACUCUGGGCACUCUGUUCCAGCUGCUGCUCACCGUGGGCAUAUUGUUUGUGUAUCUGGUGGGUUCCAUGGUAUCCUGGACCACUCUGAGUACGCUCUGCUUGUUUGUGCCCAUCGGCCUGAUGCUGGGACUCUUCGUGCUGCCCGAGACGCCCGUCUAUCUGCUCAAGAAGGGUCAACGUGCUGAGGCAGCACUCUCAUUGAAGUGGCUCUGGGGUCGCUACUGCGACUCGCGCAGCGCCAUUCAAAUGAUUCAGAAUGAUCUGGACCAGGCGGCAGCCGAUGCCGGCAUCAUGGAUCUCUUCAGCAAUCGUGGCGCACGCAAUGGUCUGGUCAUCUCCAUACUGCUGAUGUUCUUCCAGCAGUUCUCGGGCAUCAAUGCGGUCAUCUUCUACACGGUGCCCAUCUUCCAGUCCGCCGGCAGCACCCUCGAUGCCUCUGUCUGCUCCAUCAUUGUGGGCCUGGUGCAGGUGAUCAUGACGCUGACUGCCUCGCUGCUGAUCGAGCGGGCUGGCCGGAAGAUUCUGUUGUUGUUCAGCAGCACCGUCAUGUCCAUCUGCCUGGCCAUCCUGGGCGCCUACUUCGACAUGAAGGACAGCCACAAGGAUGUCUCCUCGAUUGGCUGGCUGCCGCUGCUCUGCGUGGUGCUCUUCAUGAUCACCUUCUCCGUGGGCUACGGCCCCAUUCCGUGGCUGAUGAUGGGCGAACUCUUUCUGCCCGAUGUCAAGGCCACUGCCGUCUCCAUCACGGUGAUGGCCAACUGGCUGUGUGUGUUCAUUGUGACCAAAAGCUUUGGCUCCAUGAUCGAGUCUCUGGGAUCGGACGUCACUUUCUGGUUCUUUGCCGCCUGCAUGGCGGCUGCCACCAUCUAUGUGGCCACAAUGCUGCAGGAGACAAAGGGCAAGAGUGCCAGCCAAAUCCAGUCCUGGCUAAAUGGUCGCUAGUUUAGUUUAGUUUACUGUAGCCAGUUGCCAGUUGCCAGCGUACUCGUACUCGUAGUUAGAUUUGAAAUCAAAACCGAUGUUUUUAUACUCUUGCAAAACUGCGAUAAGUUCUGAAUAGUUUGGCACUUAGCUUAGGUUUUUUUUGCAAGAUUAUAAACACUUAGAUCCAAUAGAUAAUAUUGAUCAAUAUUGCACAAUGUUAAUGUUAAGUAAACACAGUUCAAUUAGCUGCUAAGUACUAGCUAUCUAUGGCAGAGAAUGUCUAUGUAAGCCCCUCAGCAGAUAAGUGUGGAGAAGCCUCUUCCUUGACUUCUUGUUGGUAGCUCUUAUAUUACUCUUGUGUACAUAUAUAAACUCACAUUUAGUUGAUAAUAAAACGAAACUGUACAGCACA